AGGACGUGCGAUCGGUGAUCUCAAGGAUAGUGUAAUGGCGGAGAAAAAGGAGGAUUUUCUACGAAUAUCUGGGGAUAGUGAUUUCCAGGGUCGCAGUAAUUCCAUAUUUGGAUGCCUAGACAAGCUUGAACCAGAACAAAAAGCUGAUGAUAGUGAAAUCGAGCGUAAACCACAUGGCGCUCGUCUGCCGAGUCGGCCAAGACGUGUGCCAGAUCAUAUUUUGCACCCUGAGAAAUGGACCAAAUACAGUCUGGAGGAAGAUGGGAGUGAUAAGAUUCCUGGAAUGUCUGGUGAUGCACUAAAUAGACACGCUGCUCUCUCUUUUAUGGAUGAGAUCCGCAAUAGGAAAGAAAAUGCUCCAAAAGAAAAUUCAGAGUCCGAUGUGGAGAUGACUGAAAAACAUGUGUUCUCGAAAUCAGCCAUUAAGCAUAAAAUGGAGGUCGAUGAGACACCUCCCCGCUCACAGAUUGUGGAGGGUGUGAACGUUAUGGCGGAAUAUGUAGUUGGACGAUCUCGGGCCAAAGUUCCCAAAACACAGCUGUCUUCAGCUGAGAACCCACUUCGGUCUCCCGAGGAUUCGGUCGAACUUGAUCACUUGCAAGACCAGGAAGCUUCCGACGAUUCCACAGAGAAGACAGAAAAUGUAUCUGAUUCUGCAACAGUAGAAAAACAAGAAGGAUCAUUUUUGAAAAGAAAGGUCAAGGUUCGCAGGGGAUUGCGCGAACGGAAAUCAACAGAAGAUGAUGAAUGAUUCGUUCAUCCAGUCAUGUCAUAUUUACCUUCUCUUUGAAAAAGGAAAAUACCAUGUAAUAUAGUCAUUGGUUCGGUAUAUCCAUUGGAUUAAAGGAUCUUGGGUUAUUUAUAAGAUGACAUGUCCAGCGAAAAGAAUGAAACUUUUGUCUUUGUUUAACCAUUGGUUUGCAAUCAAUUUCAACCACAAUUUAUUUCCUGGAAUCCUCAUAUAUAUCACCUA